UACCUGAAUUAGCUGCACAGUGCCCGGCGUCGUUUUCUCCUCUGCUCUCCCCCCCUCACUCCCCAUGUCUUUUAGCUGCAGCACACUGCGUCGCCUCCCAUCUCAAACACACAUCUUCUCCGCUUCUCUUACCCAAACCGCUCCUUUCACCUCCACGAAUGACGCCCCCGUUCUUCAUCCAAACCCGGAAACCAACCCGACUCCGGCAAUCUGUUUGCUCACGGACCAUAUUCUGAGAUCCACCGUCUCAGACCUAAUCGCGAAGCAGCACUGGUCCAAACUCAGAGUCAUAGUCAAUCCAGCCGACCCAAUCGCCUUCUUCUUGCAGCUAUUCCAAUCCGGGUUUGAUUCGGACGCCAUUAUCGCGUUCUUCAAAUGGUCCCAGAGUGCGUAUAACGUUUCUUAUUCUCUCCAGCAUCUGUGCAGAUUGUUGGUUCUGGCUGCGAACGAAAAGAGAUACCCAAAGGUUAGAUCUUUGCUGCACUCGUUUGUUAAAGAUGGCAAAAUCCUUUCGGUUUCGGUGUUUUUUCAUGUCUUGUUGGCGUGUAGUGAUGACCACCAUGUUAGCUCUCUUAUUGUUGAUAUGCUGUUACUGGCUCUUGUUAGUGCUUUGAAACUUGAUUUUGCAAUAGAGGCGUUUAAGCGGGCGGGUGAUUAUGGGUUUAAGCUCUCUGUUCAUUCGUGUAAUCUGCUUUUGGCUCUGUUGGUAAAGGAGAGGAAAACUGAGGUAAUUGAGUUCAUGUACAAGGAAAUGAUUAGGAGGAGGAUUGUGCUUAACUUGUUCACAUUUAAUGAGAUUAUAAACGGGUUGUGUAAGGCGGGGAAGUUGAAUAAGGCUAAGGAUGUUGUGGAAGACAUGAGGAUUAGGGGAGUGAUGCCGAAUGUGGUGACUUAUAAUACUUUAAUUGAUGGGUAUUGUAAGAGGGGAGAAGCGGCGAAAAUGUACAAAGCAGAUGAAGUGUUAAAGGAAAUGGUGGAAAAGGGGAUUAAACCAAGUGAGAUAACAUAUAACACUCUUAUUGAUGGAUUCUGUAAGGAUAAUAAUGUUAAGGAAGCUUUAAAGAUUUUUCGUGAGAUGGGGCAGCACGGGACAAGGGCAAACAUUGUGACAUUUAACUCAUUGAUUAACGGGCUUUGUGGGGAUGGACGGAUUAGCGAUGCUCAAGAUUUACAGGCAGAAAUGGCGAGGCUGGGGCUGGAGCCAAAUAUUGUCACUUACAAUGCCCUUAUAAAUGGGUUUUCUAAAACGAAGAUGUUGGUGAAGGCUAGGGAGUUGCUUGAUCAAAUAAUGGAGCAGGGAUUAGAUGUCAAUGUCUUAACUUUUAACCCUAUGAUUGACGCAUAUUGUAAGGCUGAGAGAAUGGAAGAAGCAAUGUCACUUCUUGACUUGAUGUUGAGCAAAAUGAUUCAACCUAACGUUUCCACGUACAAUUGCUUAAUCGGGGGCUUUUAUAGGGAUGGGAAUGCCGAAACAGCUAAAAAUAUGCUGGAUGAGAUGGAACAGAAGGGAAUGAAACCUGAUCUUGUAACCUACAACAUAAGGAUCGAUGCAAUGUGCAAGAGGGGUGAAUCAAGAAAGGCUCUAGGCCUGCUGGAUGAGAUCUUUGAGCAGGGCUUAGUUCCAAGCCACAUAACAUACAACACAUUGAUGGCCGGUUAUUGCGAUCAAGGAAAUCCAAAGGCAGCUGUUACCAUUAGGAGAAGAAUGGAGAGAGAAGGAAAGAAGCCUAAUGUCGCAACAUUCAAUGUACUGAUGAGGGGGUUUUGCUCAAAAGGUAAGUUGGAAGAAGCAAAUUUGCUUUUAAAUGAGAUGCUAGAGAAGGGGUUGGCACCUAAUCGAACAACCUAUGAUAUAAUCAACACAGCAAUGAUUGAGAAUGGGUUUGUUCCUGAUAUAGAUUUACGUCUCUACAACGAGUGAGAUUAGAGCUAUUGUUUCAUAAUUGUUUCUAACCUUUCUCUUUCCUGCCCGAAGCGCUGAAUUUCCUUGUGGGAUAUUUCACUAAAGUAGAGUAGAACGAUGGUUUAGCCCUGGCAUCUUGUCUCAAUCUACUAUGAAUUAGCCUAAUGUUAGUAUGUUACCAUAGUUCCACCUGUAAUAAUUAUUUGGGGGCUUUUAUCUCGACGACGAUGCUGGAACAGCUAAAAAAAGAUGGAACACCCAACCCCCUCCAACCCCAGGGGGUUGGUGGAGGAGGUAAAGCGUGGGACGUGUCUCAACUGGCCAGGGACAAGAUUUUUGUCAUGGCUAAACUCACCAUACAAGGGCCUGAAUCCAAAGAGUCGCCUCGAAGAUUAGGACAUCCACCCUAUAGGUCGCCAACAAGGCUCACAUGAUACCCUUGCAUGUGCCACAGGGUGCUGAAACAGCUAAAAAGAUGCUGGAUGGGAUGGUGCACAAGGGAAUGAAGGUUGAUCUUGUAG